AGUGGCCAAGGACCCAGAUAAGAGGGAGGAAGGCCGGCGUCGGGUUUUGUGUGUCAGCCUUGAAGUCCUGGACCGUCUUUGAGGAGUCUUCUGUUGUUUCUUUUCCACUAUGGCUGAUGUUCAGACAGAGGUUUCCCUUUGCCCACAACCUUGGCAGAGGCCCUUGUACAUCUACCAGGGGUUGGCAUGCAACUCGCUGAUGGCUGACUUCUGGUCCGACAGAACUCCUCUCCAUGAAGCCGCCUACCAAGGGAGGCUGCUGCACCUGAGGAGCCUCAUCGUCCAGGGCUUCCACGUAGACACGCUCACCCUGGACAGAGUGUCUCCUCUCCACGAGGCGUGCCUCGGAGGCCACUACGCUUGUGCCAAGUUCCUGCUAGAGAAUGGUGCAAAUGUGGAGACAGUAUCGACAGAUGGCGCCACACCUCUGUUCAACUCCUGCAGCAGCGGCAGUGCUGCUUGUGUCCGGCUCAUGUUGCAGCACAGGGCCUCCGUCCUCAGCCCCUGCCGGCUGGCCUCCCCCAUCCAUGAGGCCGCCAAGAAAGGUCACAAUGAGUGUGUGGAGCUGCUGCUGUCCUAUGGAGCCCCCAUCGACAUGGAGUUUCCUGUGGUGGGGACGCCGCUGUACUCUGCCUGCAUGGCGCGGGCCGCGGCCUGCGCAGGGCUGCUGCUGCAGUCAGGAGCGGAUGUUGGGAUCGGGUGUGGGCAGGACACACCUCUGCACGCGGCGGUCCAAGCAGGAGGAGCCGACGUUGUGGAUCUCCUGCUGGACUUCGGGGCUGAUGAGUGUUGUAGGAACUCGGAGGGAAAGACUCCCCUGGAUCUUUCCCCCCCAAACAGCGCAGUGAGAAAUGCACUACAGAAAAAAGGUCCCCGCUCUCUGUGUCAGCUCGGCCGGUUGUGUAUUCGCCGAAGUCUGGGAAGAAGUCGCCUCCACAGAGCCACUGGCCUCUUCCUCCCUCACAGCAUGAAGGACUUUCUCCUCUACAAAUGAGCCUUCUCUGCUACUGGGGCUCUCUGUGUCUCCUCCGGCCCCUUUGUGCCUUUUCCCUCAUUCCCAAGUGGAACGAAUGUGUUUAACCCGAGAGAACGUGACUUCGAUAAAAGCAUUGUUCAGAAACGUUCAUAUAGCCGGAACUGUGAUGUAUCAGGUUUCUGCAUUUUAUACUUGUAAUGACGCGCUUUCUAAUCACCCCGACUCCUCGCGUGGAGAGGAAGUGAGGAAGAAGUGUAAAUGUCUGUAUCCACUUAAGUGCUGUAUUUUCUAAUAAGUAUGAUUGUAAUCUUGUAUUCUGCCUGAGGUCGUGGACUCACUACAGUUGCACUGCUCUGCACACUGUGCCUCUGUUAUUACGUGAAUGCACUCAAUAGGAGCUGCGUUUUCAUUUAGUUGUGAGUGUUUUACUGUUUUAUCUGUAAUUGGCUCCUAAUUCCGUAAUUGGUCUGUGGGACGCUGUCUAAUUUGUGUGCAGUUGCCUUGAGUGUUGAUAUUGUGGUUUAUAAAUAGUCAUUUGGAAUCCCUAAUGUAGUACAUCUGCAGUCAUUUGAGAACUUUCUGUAGAUAUCCUCCUUAAAGAUAUGCUGCGAUACAAUAAAAUCUACCAAAGUGAGGAUCCUCUCUCCCCACAUUCUGUCAGUAUCCUUAUCGACCAACCUUAACUCGCGGAAUUGUCUUCAAGGACCACAGUCUUUUAUACCAUCGGUUUUCUGACUUUCAAAAUAGAUUUAAAAAAAAAGAAAAGAAGACCUGUCAGGGAUUUUCCCAGAUUGAGACGCGCUGUCAAAUCUGAGACAUUGAAGGAGGAGGCAGACUCAAGCACAGUACAUGUGACAUGUUGAAAGCAGCAGGGAAACAAAAAGGGGAUCUGAUGAACUGAGCGAUGGACUGGGUUUUGAAGGCGGCACCGCUGAAGGGAAAUUAAUUUCCGGUCUUCAAAUGUCACCCUGAAAGGUCACCUCCACGAAGCCCUGAGAAAAUCGUAUUUGAUCUGAUUUAACUUGACGUGCCUUCAUCCAAACAGCGAAGAAAAGCCUCGGCCUUCAGCAGCAGAUUUUGAAAGCGGGAUCCACUGUAUGUUGUGAUUCUGCGUGCUCCUCUUUAGAGUCAGCGCACACAUGCUCUACCUGUGACCAACUCUUUCAUCUACAGAGCCGCCUCUGACCGUGUUGAAAACAGAGGGCCCUCUGGGUUAAGCAACAUGAAUGUCGACAUUUGCUUUGACGCCACAGUUCACAGCGAGUUUGUAGGUUAUAGAUUCAAUACAAAGGGAAUUUACUACGACAUUAUAUUCAUGGUUCAAAGGAUAUAAUGCCUCAGUAUUGAGCUUCAUUCACUUCACGCGUUGCUCCGUGUUUAAAGGUCAGAUGUGCA